AUGAGCUUACGAGGCAUAUCUCGCAGAGCCACCUCGACGGGCAAACCGCGACCCGACCGCGGAUUGGCCUACUCUACGACGAUGUCUACCUACAGUCUUGGGGAGGCGGCCCGAAUCGACGAUAUUGGACUACUCCUUCACCUUGGAAGAGGACUAUAUCCUACAACCACUCCCUACAUUAGUAUUCGAGCAGACGAGAUAAAGAUAUCCGGGCUCGUUACUAUGGUCGACUGGGUACUUUUUCACUGUGAGCAGACAGCCCGCGAAACUUCUCGUGCAGUCCUCUGCUGGUUCCGAAGCCUCCACCCAGACAAGAUCUAUCCCAAGCCAUUUACACUAGUAUCGGCAAGAUCGAGCCGACAGAAGUAUCUCAAGACCUUCCAGCGUUUCAUCGCCUUCAUCUUCCGUACCUACCGCCUACUAAGCUUCCAACGACAAGAUCUUCUCCCCGUCCGAUUUAAUUCGGAGCAGCAGCAGCUACUUGGUACUAUCUGGCCCUACGAAGCUUGGAACGAGGAACAGCUCCUUCGGUGGAUCCUAGCUGGAAAGCCCGCUCGUCAGCUGCGGCCGACAGCUAAGGAAGAACGGUCUACUCUAACACCGAACACCAAGUCGGACUCCCAACGAGAUACUACUAAGAUACGUAGGGACGACGAAGACGACGAGAACGACGAAGACGGCGAGAACGACGAGGACGACGAGGACGAUAAUAAGAGCGGCCACUCCGACGAAGAUCGACGGACAAAGCGAGACAACAGACAAGUGAUCGUCCUCAGCCCAGCACUGAGCCAGCUUCUCGAAUUGCUAUUCAAGCUGUGUAUUACAUUCUGUACCGAAGACUUCGCCGACGGCUAUCCCAGCUCAACCCAUCUCGUUGGUAUUCUUAGCAUCAACCCAGACGGCAGAGGCUUUCGCACAGCAAAGCUUUAUACACCAUUCCUUUCAGCCUUGAUCUACAACCAGCGACUUCUCUUCCUAGAAUAUGCCCUACCUCUUCGAGCAUAUGAGCAUAUCGGGAUUCCCCGGCGACCGCGACAUCGGCAAUUCGAGCGGCUCGAUACAUCGAUGACGCCCCUGACCGAAAUGCUAAGCCUUCGUGACUACGGAAGAGUGAUCGCUAGGACAGACACCCCGUCAUUCUUUCUCCACUGGAGCGACGAUCUCCAAACGUUAUCAGAGCACUUCAUCGGGCACGCAGAGGAGCGCUGCGAGCAGCUCAUGCUUGGUCUCCAGGUGGACGUUCAUCUUGAGAGAGUCAAAGACGACCUCGUUAAUGCGAAAGAUGGGUUCAGUUUCAUCAGCCACCCGCAUAACAAACUGUCCCACGCCUAUGCCCAGCUACUUAAACAGGCCUGCACUCCGCAUUCCGGACUGUUCGACGAGAGCCACGGGACAUGGAAAGCUACCGCAAAGAUAGCAGAGAGGCUGCUCGAGUUCCUUGCAGGUUGUUUCCAUACGACAAGCGGCCAGACUGGUCGCGCUUUCGGCGAACGCGGACUAUACAUCCACAAUGGCUCAGUCAUGACGCUCAUACGGCAUCACAAAGCAAAGCGUUCAACCAAUCGAGAAUUCAACGUUGUACGCUUCCUUCCUCUCCGAGUCGGCCGGGUUAUAUUUCGAUACCUUGUCUACAUCCGUCCUUUCCUUACAACGCUUGGUAAAGAGCCGGUCUCCAGCCAGAGAUCGUUAUCAGGGCAUAUUGUCUCGCCGCCCCUACUCUUCAGCUCGGGAGUAGACAGAUCAAAGCCUUGGGACGCGUCAAAGCUCGCGGCUAUCUUUAAGAAGGCGACAUCCGUCUGCUGGGAUACCUGUGUUAAUCCUCAGAUAUACCGACAAAUCGCUAUUGGUAUUACCGAGAAGCACGUCAUCGAGAUUGCUACGCCAUUCAACCGGUAUGACGACCUUGGCCCGAAUGCGAGCAUCAAUGCCGUCUUUGCCUGGCAGAGCAGCCAUCGCCCUAUUCAGCGCGCAACUACAUACGGACUCGAUGGAGCUUUCCCUUCGCAACUUCAGCCAGCCCUUAUCCGCAUCUAUGAGUGGGCGUCCUUUCGCUGGCACGAGUUCUUACAUCAACCGAGUCGACGAAUGCCUCCAAACACCCGCUCGUCUAAGCAGCAGGACUGCCCUCAGCUGGAGGGUUUGCAAGACCAAGACCUAGGAAGACAAUAUUGA